CUGUCUUCGCAAUACUGAAGCCCACAUAUUAUUAACCAAACACCAUCCCCAUUUUCCAUUUCCCAUUUCCCCUCACCCUCUCUCUUAACCCCCUUUCUCAUUCUCACCUAUAUUCCUCGCCACACGUUUAUUUUUCUUCUUAAUCCCCUUCUCCACUCACACCUCAACUACUAACCCUUACUCCACCACCCCAAUUCUCAUUCUCCAUUCCGAUUAUCCCAAACGCACCGUUUCGUUCUUCAUUUUUCACCUUUCUUUCCCAUGGCCUGAACCUGAACCUGAACAAUACAAAUUCAGUUUCGAGUUGAGAGAGAGAGAGAAAUUCAAUGGAGUGGGAUAGUAAUUCUGAUCUUAGCGGUGAUGAAGACGACGCCGUUUCGUCGUCGUUCCUUUUAAACGAUGACGUUGGACCGCUUCCGUUUCCGGUUCUGCAAACGGCGCCGUGCGGGUUUGUUGUCACCGACGCGAUCGAUCCGGAUCAUCCUAUUAUAUAUGUCAACGCUGUUUUUGAGAUGCUUACUGGUUAUCGAGCUGAAGAAGUUCUCGGUCGUAACUGGUCUCUGACCAUCUGUAUCCACUGUUACUUUUUUUGUUCUCCUGAAUUAUUUUGCAGCCGUUUCUUGCAGUGUCGAGGUCCAUUCGCUAAGAGAAGGCAUCCAUUGGUGGACUCAUCAGUAAUUUCAGAAAUUAGAAAAUGCAUUGACGAAGGGGUAGAGUUUCAAGGUGAGUUGCUGAACUUCAGGAAAGAUGGAUCUCCACUUAUGAACAGACUCCGUCUGACACCUAUAUUUGGAGAAGAUGAUGAAAUAACCCAUGUCAUUGGAAUUCAGUUAUUCACAGAGGCAAACAUUGAUCUUGGUCCUGUUCUCGGUUCUACAAUUAAGGAAUCUGUUAAAUCAUCUGGUCGGUUUCAGUCUGUGUUAUCCUCACUGCAACCUCUUCCAGUGGGGGACCGGAAUGUGACCCGUGGAAUUUGUGGGUUAUUUCAAUUAAGUGACGAGGUACUGUCUCUCAAAAUACUUGCUCGCUUAACUCCAAGAGAUAUUGCAUCAGUUAGUUCUGUUUGUACGCGAUUAUAUGAAGUAACAAGAAACGAAGACCUUUGGAGGAUGGUAUGCCAAAAUGCAUGGGGUAGUGAAACUACCCGUGUUUUGGAGACUGUUCCUGGUGCAAGGAGGCUUGGAUGGGGUCGACUAGCAAGGGAACUGACCACUCUUGAAGCAGCAGCAUGGAGGAAACUGACUGUUGGAGGUGGUGUUGAACCGUCACGCUGCAAUUUUAGUGCUUGUGCAGUUGGGAAUAGAGUUGUUCUAUUUGGUGGUGAAGGUGUUAAUAUGCAACCCAUGAAUGACACCUUUGUAUUGGAUCUCAAUUCUAAUAAUCCCGAAUGGCAACAUGUCCAGGUUAGCUCUCCUCCCCCCGGUCGGUGGGGCCAUACACUUUCUUGUGUUAAUGGUUCUCGUUUAGUUGUAUUUGGAGGCUGUGGAACACAGGGUUUGCUUAAUGAUGUGUUUGUUCUGGACUUGGAUGCAACCCCUCCAACUUGGCGUGAAAUUUCGGGAUUAGCACCUCCACUUCCAAGAUCAUGGCAUAGCUCUUGUACUCUUGAUGGUACUAAGUUGAUAGUUUCUGGUGGCUGUGCUGAUUCUGGAGUACUUUUGAGUGAUACUUUUCUCCUUGAUAUGUCAAUGGAAAACCCUAUCUGGAGGGAGAUACCAGUGACAUGGACACCACCUUCGCGUCUGGGCCAUACACUAUCUGUUUAUGGUGGUAGGAAAAUUCUGAUGUUUGGGGGUCUGGCCAAGAGUGGUCCCCUGCGUUUCCGGUCAAGCGAUGUGUUUACUAUGGAUUUAAGCGAGGAUGAACCAUGUUGGAGAUGUGUAACGGGGAGUGGAAUGCCUGGUGCUGGCAAUCCUGGAGGCAUAGCUCCUCCUCCUAGACUUGAUCACGUGGCUGUUAGCCUUCCAGGUGGUAGAAUUUUGAUUUUUGGGGGUUCUGUUGCAGGCCUUCAUUCUGCCUCCCAGCUUUACAUACUUGAUCCAACCGAUGAGAAGCCUACAUGGAGAAUCUUAAAUGUACCUGGGCGCCCUCCAAGAUUUGCUUGGGGACAUAGUACAUGUGUUGUUGGGGGGACAAGAGCUAUUGUUCUGGGUGGUCAAACCGGGGAUGAAUGGAUGCUAAGUGAACUGCAUGAACUUUCCCUGGCAAAUUCUGUCAUCUAGAUCCUGCGGAUAAAAAUUAUGUGCUGUAAUGACGGGAACACAUGUUUUAAAAUCAUUUUGAGCAGAAUUGGCGGCAAAGGUAUGUGUUGAUCACUGACAUUCUUGACAAACAUUGCUCUGGUCAGAACAUUUGUGUAUUAAGUUGUUUUGACAGUGGAUUUUAUGGUAUGAUUGGUUCUGGCUGGAGAAGAACUUUUUCAAUGAGUGACACAAUACCAUGUUUGGUGUUUUUUGAGGUUGUGUGAAACUUUGCCCUUCUGUAUGCACAAUGAAUUGUUCUUCCUGAAUAGAUUAAUAGUGUCUGAUAACAAGUAGGGAAUAUAGUAGGAGGAUAGUUUUCCUCACGUGUGUCCUUUUCUAAUUGUGUAAUUUGAACCAUGGCAAAGGACUGAAAAAAAUGCAUGUUCAUACAUAGUAAUGUAUUAGGUCUGUUGUAUUUGUAUGUAUGGAAGUCUUUACUUCUAUUUUGUGCUUUUGAACACGAGUCAACUGACAUGGUCAUAAAUUGGGUGUACUGAUUUGCCCCAUUACAAACAGGUGUACAAGGUAGAGGACGGUGCGGUUUGUACAUAUUUCCCUUAAAUAAUGUAAUACAUGACAUGGAGUAUGUCAAAAUCUGCAUUGUUCAUUAUUACUGGUUAUCUUGUGUAAUGCUGUUGUUUAGUUUAUGUCACUGCUGUAAUUUGCUUGUGUGGCCAUGAUAAGUCAAUGUAUUUUAGAUUA